AUUGUCCUUGAAACAGAAUAUACAAACCUUGGAGCACUUUCAUUAUAUCAUAAUUUGGGAUUCAUAAGGGAUAAACGUCUUUACAGAUAUUAUCUUAAUGGUGUGGACGCGUUUCGGCUAAAAUUAUUUUGUAAAAGAGAACAAUUGGAUGAAAAAAGUUCGGAUGGGGCAAUAUGUGAUAAAGAUUAG